AUGUCAUCCAAUCCAUCCACGAUUUUGGACAACCUCAUCCACAAACCAAGCCCAGCAAUCAUGAAGUGCAUCGCAGCUGUAGUCAUGAUGGCUCUGGCCGUCGCCCAGGGUGCUGUAAUUCCGGUGGUCUACUCCGCCCCGGAAACGACCGUCGUUCAGCAAAACGUGGCUCCGAAAUACGUUACGUCGAACGUGGCCUAUACUGCCCCAACCGUCACCGCUUACUCCGUCCCAGAAACGACUUACGUGCAGCAGAAAUACAUCUCGGCCGCUCCAGCUGUAGCCUAUGCUGCGCCGGCUGUCACCACCUACAACGUGCGACCAACUACCUACACCACCUUCCAGCAGAACGUUGCCCCGGCUGUCGCUUACUCGGCACCAGUCGUCACUGCCUACUCGGUUCCGGCCGAAAAGACCGUCGUACAGCAGAACGUUGCCCCGAAGUACGUUAGCUACUCGGCUCCGGCUGUGACCACCUACUCUGCGCCAGCUGUCUCUUACGUUGCUCCGGCCGUUUCGUACUCCGCACCGGCCGUUACCUACGCCGCUGCUCCAGUGACGCAAUACAAGGCGGUCGCUCCAGUCCCAACCGUGUACUCGUCGGAUUCGGAAGUGAUUGAGGCUGCCCCCGUUGCUGCCGUCGCUCCGGCUGAAACCGUUGUCGUUGAACAGCCCGCUGCCGCUGUUUUGGCCAAGUCUGAAGCUCGUUAUGUCGCCGCCACGCCCGGUGCCGUACAUGAUGCUCCACUCGCUGGACACACCGUCAACCAGAACGCUUUCAACGUUGAGCCGGCACCAGGAACUCAGUAA